AUGGGUAGUAACGGACAAGACCUUCUCGAUCGAUGCCAGGCGGCAAGCAAUGAAGCAAUCAGCAAGUCCAACAACUUGACUAGCUUCAUUGCUGACAGUCGUCAACAGCUUCUUGGAGCUUCCAAUAGCUUCUUCGGUGAACUGCUUGACUUGGCGGUUGCCAUUCGUGGAAACUAUGACAAGACAGCUCUCACUCCACCUAUUGCCAAUAUUGUUGAUGACAAGCUCAUUCCUACCCUCAAUGAAGCUAAGGAAAGACAAGCAUCGAUGAUCGCGCAAGCCGAAUAUGCGAGUAGAGCGGCCUCCACGUCACAAGACAGUGCAAACCAGGCUCAAGAAACUGCAAAUGCAGCACAGCAUGAGCUUGAAAAUGCUCAGCGUCGACUGUCCGAUGAUGAGGAUGCUGCCACUGGUGCUCAAAUUGGAACUGUCUUUGCUUGGAUCUUCUGUCCUCCCGCCGGAGCUGCCUUACAAUUCACUGUGGUACAACAAGCAAGAGAUCGCGUGAACGAUGCUCGCAACAAUCUCAAUAACGCAGUAGGAAACGUGAUGGCUCGUAACCAAGAAGUUGCCGCUGCCCGAAUCCGCCAGGCCGAGGCUGAACACCGCUUGAUGGAGAUCAACAACGCUCUUGCCACUAUGCCAUCCUUGCUCUCCGUAGCAGAAGCUACUCGAGCACACUGCGAGGAACUUCGCACCCCGAUCAUCGCUCUGAAGAAGCAGCAAGAUGAGCUUGCUGAUCUCCUGGGUGACAUGCAGAAUGCUGCAUCAAUCGCCAAGCUGGACACUAGAAAAAAGGCUUUGGCGAGUGAUAUUCUCAAGGUUAUUUCUAUGGGGUUGAUUGACAUGACUUUGAUCACGCCGGCAAAGGCGGUGCAAGAUGAGCUCUGCAAUAAUGAUGAUGAGAAGAAGAGUGUUACUGUAGAACUUGCUGAGCAGUUGAAGGCGUUGGAGGCGGCAGAGGCGGCUAUCAAUACUGCUCAGCUUCAUCUUUCGUCUGCUUGA